GAAAGUGCGCCUAAACCACAUAUGGUUCAGUAAUGCGCUGAGAGCCUUUGGUCAGUUGCUGUUCUGAAUUUCUUUGUCAGCCAUUUACCCCUUCCUGCCUGGUUGAACCUCCCAUGGAAACCCUUCCUUCACAAUACGAGAUGUUAAGAAUGGGGAAUGCCAGCCACACCUGCACCGACACAAUCCACAUGUUGACGGAUAGAUAAAUGCAUACAUCUUGGUGAAAAUCGCGAAAAAGGGACUGCUACCAUGAAGCCUGAUAACAGAUCAUAGAGAACCCCAUAUCAUGUGACAGCUACCAUGAAGAUAUGAAGUGCAUCGUAACGGCCCCCCUGAAGCCAGAGAGCGCAUCGUGACAUUCGCCUGCAAGGAAAGACACACCCUGGCAACAUGAGCCACUCGCUCUCCCGGGUGGGAUGGGGCGGGUGAACACUCGCGGGGCAGUAGUACCCGCCAGCCAGGAAGUGACAAAGGUUUUGCCAACGCCUAAAUGACUCACCCCUUUCCUGCAUGGCCGUCUGACUCACCCAGUCCAGUUCAAAUGACUCGUUUAAAUCAGUCCAGGGGUGUGAUGGCGGAAGGUAAUGGAGGUGGUGACCCUGGGUCACAGGUAGAUGGGGAGAGAACAGAAGAUUACCAGAAACUAAUAAAUUAUGGUUUAAAUGAAAAAGUGGCAGCAAAGCUUGAUGAAAUCUACAAACAAGGCAAACUUCGACAUGAGGAUUUGGAUGAACGGGCACUGGAUGCAUUAAAAGAAUUUCCUGUAGAGGGAGCAGUGACAGUUUUGAAACAGUUCUUAGAAUCUAACUUGGAACAUGUUUCUAACAAGUCAGCAUACUUGUGUGGCGUUAUGAAGACAUAUCGACAGAGGAAACAGUAUAACACAGAUAGUAUGACUGUCAAUCCAGGCAAAGGCCCUGAUGAAGAUAAUUUGAAAGCCAUCUUGGAGCGAUCUGGAUAUACACUAGAUGUUACUACAGGGCAGAGGAAGUAUGGAGGCCCACCGCCAAACUGGGAGGGCCCACCACCAGGCCCAGGAUGUGAAGUGUUCUGUGGGAAGAUACCAAAAGAACUGUAUGAAGAUGAAUUGAUUCCCUUGUUUGAGAAGUGUGGCGAAAUUUGGGACUUGCGUCUAAUGAUGGAUCCAAUGACAGGUCAAAACAGAGGCUAUGCCUUCAUUACUUUCACAACACGUGCAGCUGCCAAUGAAGCAGUUUCAAAGCUUGAUAAUUACAAUGUCAGGGAAAAUGCUGCCCUGAAAGUUAAUAUUAGCAUUCCUAAUCUGCGGCUGUUUGUGGGGAACAUCCCAAAAUCAAAGUCUAAAGAAGAAAUUAUGGAAGAAUUUUCAAAACGCACAGGUAAAGAAUCGUCAUAUCUUUUGCAGCUGAAUGAAUAUGAAAUUCAGCGCGGCAAAAAAUUAGGGGUCACUAUUUCAUACAACAAUCAUCGAUUGUUCGUAGGAAAUAUCCCCAAGAACAGGGAGCGACAUGAAUUAUAUGAGGAGUUUGCAAAGCACGCACCUGGUUUGGUCGAGGUGAUAAUUUACAGUUCUCCAGAUGACAAAAAGAAAAAUCGAGGCUUCUGCUUUUUGGAGUAUGAGUCACAUAAGGUAUGUUUACAGAUGUUUGUCAAAGUCAAAGUUUUAUAUGUAAGGAAUCUGACGCAAGUGACGACAGAGGAGAUGCUUAAGGAUAAGUUUGAUGAAUUUGGGAAAGUUGAACGCGUGAAGAAGAUCAAGGACUAUGCAUUUGUGCACUUUGAAGAGAGGGAAGAGGCAGUAAAGGCCAUGGAAGCAUUACAAGGAAAGGACAUUGGUGGUGCCUUAAUGGAAAUCUCUUUGGCCAAACCGCCAUCAGAUAAAAAGAAGAAAGAAGAAGUUCUACGCAACAGAGAAAAACGACUUAUGCAAAUGUUAGCACAGAUAGGGAUUGCUGAGACAGAUCACCUCACAGGAGAAAGGAUGCCUGUGCCCCCAGCCAUGCUGCGUGGUGGGCGGGGAGGGGGUCGAGGGGGCGGCCGCAGUGACUAUGAUUAUGAUUACGACUAUUAUGGUUAUGGAGAUUAUCAAGGUGGCUACAGUGACCCGUAUUACGACGACUAUUACCGUUAUGAAGAUUACUAUUACGAUUACUCCCCUCAACCAAUGGGGCGUGGUCGCACCAAAUCAGUGCCGGCUGGCCGUGGGUAUGGUAUGGCGAGCCGUGGCCGCGGCGCUGGCCCCUCCCCCCGUGGGGGGCGGGGUAUGGUGCCCCGAGGGGGGGCCAUGGGGGGGCGUAUGACUCGGCCGCCGCGCGCGGGGCAGGGGUUCAGAGGGUCCGCCAGGGGGGCAAAUCUAGCAGGUAAAAGAAAGUUGGAUGGCGGGCACCAGAACGAGGGGGACUCUAAGAGACGGUUCCAGAACACCGGUGCUAGCUGGGGGAACCAGCCUAUCCCACAGCAGCCGCUGAGCUCAUACAGUGGGGCCAACGGCAGCACGUACGGCGGGGCAGGCGGGGACCAGCAAUGGUACCACGACAGCUAUCCACAGUCGUGGAGCUGAGGUGUAAGCGGGUGGGCCGCCAGCACCAGGUGUAGAGGGUGGGGCGGGGGCAUGGCGGGGCACAACUCCACCAAGUACAGUAUGUCAGUCUGUCCAGACAAGCCUGAUUUCAGGCACAAAGGACAUUCCUGCCACUUGUAUGUAUGGGAGAAGUAUCGGUGCUUGCACCAGAUAUUGGGCCCAUGGGUGAUGGCCGCCCCACCAAUGCUGCGUCAGUGGGGACUGGAGAGGGUCGGCUGCCGAUUCCCGGCUGAGCUUUAGUUUGGUCGGGGUAAGGGGGCCGCAGUCCACCCCACCAGUGAGACAUGUACCUGAAAAACAUCUCCACCAUACCCAAACCCACCAGGUCAGUUGGGUAAUAAAACAUAACUAAAUCUAGUAGGAGGAAGUCUCACAAGAGUGCUGCUCUAAAUUUUAUCACUGUCAACCACUAGGAUGAAAAAAAGCCAAACUGUGUUCAUAGAAAUUUCUCUCCAGUGGUUUUAAUGAGCAGGCUGUUUUAUUCCCGCUUACUUUGUGUUUCACAUGCAAUCUUCUUGUCUUUCAAAUAAAAUCUAAAAGAAUAGUUCCCAAUACAAACCUCUAAUGUCCAGCAGUUUGCCCCCCUAGUUCUGGAGACUAAUCAAUUCAGUGGAAAUGGUUAGUGGAAAAUAGCUGCCCAAAUUCCUGUAUUAGAAUUGAUGUCAAUGAUACAACAUCAGUACCAUUUCCUAUUAUUCAGGUGUGUCCAUCGAUAAAGAUUUUGCCUUCCUCUUCAUUAAGUAUAAUACAAGGUAAUUGUACAGGGGAAAUUGCCAAUGGAAUUUUCUUGUUUAUUAGCAUCUAUCUAUAAGCAACUUGUCAAAGUUACGAUAGCAGCAUCAGCAUCAGGUCCUUCCAUCCAGUUUGCCCCAUAAUACACUGUUUAUACUUUUUUUUUCUUUUUCUUUUUUUAAUUUUUUUUGAAUUAUUAACAUUAUUUUCCCCCCCAAAAAGGCGGUCCUGCAUGCACAUUUCAGUGACCACACUAUUUUCUUUUGGUAUCCCUAAAUGCUGUGUCCACUGAAUAACUCUUGAACCUUGCUACUUGAUUUGUAGUUCUUAGUUGGCAUUAAGCAGAUGCUCAGUGCAAGAUUGAAUCAAUGCUCGUGAACUUAUUGGAAUGUUGUCAAACCAAUUCAAUGGAACCCGGUAAUUUAAGAUUUAACCCAUAUAGAUAUUGCAGUAUUUGAAUUUAAGCAUGAUUUCUAUGGAUUUUCUUAUGUACUAAUUAGAAAGAUCCAUAUUCGAUGAUUGUAGACUGAUUGAGGUGACUGUUGUAGUAUGAUUGGUCAGAUAAUUAAUUUGUUUGGAUCUGUACAUAUCCGGAAUGCAGAUGUUGUUACUCAUUGGGAUCUGUGGAGGGGCGACCAGUGUUAAGACACACACUGCCAGUCACAGGGAAAGAUUUGGUGUGUUUGGAUGACAAAGCAGUUAUCUUUGGUGGAGAUUGGACCAACUGGCUGUGACUAACUUGCGAAGACUUGAAAUGUAAGAGUUUAUUGUGUGUGUUAUCUAGGAGCUAUCAAUAUAGAGGAUUCCUGGGGAUUUGAAAAGUCUCUUUUCAGUUCUCCAAGAUUCCUGUCCGAAAGGAUGAAUUGUAGUUCCUGAUAAUGAAUUGUUGUAUUCAUAGUUAUAAGACUUUCUUGUGAUAAGUAAUGAGAGCUAGUUAUUAGAUGCUCCUUUUUUUCUGAAAUAUCAUGAAUUGUAUGAUAAUCGGACUGCACACUGAUAAGCUGUGCAAAAGCUAAUAUUUUUAUGGGCUUUUGUUUGGCCUUUAUUCUUUUAAAUGUGUUAUUACAAGAUGUGAAUUUAUUAAUCUAAGUUUGUUUUGGUCAAAAGAUAAAUAUGUAUUACCUAAACAAAAGUUAUUCUAAUAUUCUAAUUUUAUGAGAUUAAAAAAGAGCUAGGCAAUUAGAUAUAUUACAUGUAAUACUGCAGCUUGAUUAGUAAUGAUUGGAGUGUGAUUUUAAGCUGCAGUAUAAUCAAUUUGACCCUCAAGUUUUAGACUUGUGAUGACCUUGAACCAGACUUAUGUACUACACGCUGAGAAUUGGCACUAGAAUGAUCUUUGGCUCUGUAAGAAAAAAUCUAAAAAGAAAAAAGAUUAAAAAAAGGUUGAGAAAGAUUCAGUGGAAAUUCAAAUAUUUCAGCUUCUGCCAGAUUUAUGAAUUGGGUAUGCCAGUUGUGGUGUUGGCUACAAUAUGUCACUAAUUUUUGUGACCAUGCAGCUUGCACCAGCCUUCGGUUGUGUGCUUUUUACUGCAUGUGUUUAUUAUCUUAUUUAAUACUACCUGCACUAAAUAUCUGGGCAUUAAAUGUUAUUGCUUUUUAUAAUUUUUAUAUGUAGAUAUUUGCAAAGAUGUAUUUUAAAAAUUGCAAAGGUUAUUUGCAUACAAGUCUCCUAAAAUGAAUAACUUGACUCCUGUAGCUAUGGACAACACGCUGGACUUGAUUACAUUUUUUAUUACACAUUUCAAUUAUAUAGAGAAAAAAUUCACCAUGUGUCAUUGUACUUUCUGGGACAUCAUAAAGCUAUAUAGACAAAAUGGAAAAAUGUAUGCCAUGAAAUAUUCCAGAAUUUGGCCCGGUUUCAUGUACUAAUGGGUCACUGUAAAAUAUUAAGACAUUUGCCAUCUAGUUGUGGUAGUAGGGUCGCUGUGGUAUUAUGCAUUGUGGCGAGUGAAGGUCGGUUAUCAACAGGCUUCAAACUUGUAUGCCAUUCCUGUUAACACUAGCCUUACUGCAUAAGUCUUGUCAUUUCUAAAACAGGAUUGAGCAUGUGCCACUUAGAUUUUCUUUCUGAUCUAUAAUCCUGCAAAAUAUAUUGUGGAAAGAGUUUACUUUGUUAGAACAUUUUUCUUUAGUUUUAUCUACCAUACCGUCGAUGACACAACGUCCACAAAACUUUUUAAAAGUUUGUCAGGAGAUAUUGGUGAUGUAUGCCUGUAUUGUCCAUUGUAAGGUUUGUAGUUUGUUCAAGAGGUGGUUGCCUUAGCCAAGAGGACUGAAGGGAGGGUAGUACCACAAGCUGGAUCUUGGGAGUCCGAGGCUCGACUGUACCCAGUGAUUGAAUGGAAGUAAAGGAGAUUUCCAUUG